AUGAAUCAAGAGAUUUUUAAUUAUAGCUAUAGAACUUUACUUCCUUGUGUAAAUGAAUGUUUAGAAAGCUAUUUACAUAAUAUAAGAAUUCAAACUUAUCCAGUCAAUUCUUGGAAUCAAAUACCUCUUUCUAAUACAGAAAUUUAUGUUUAUUCUGCAUUUUGGGAUCCCUAUUUUAUAAUAAUUGAUAAUCAAAAUCAAGCAAAAAAAUUUAAAGGUGUCAAGAUAGUUACACUCACUAGGACUGAGCCAGCUUCCGCUAUAUGGGAAAGUCAGCAUUUAAUGCUUUAUAAAUUUUUAUAUUUGGCUUUAAUAAAAAUUCAAGAAUUUUGUAUUAAAUGUUUUGCUAUAUUUUCUCGUCACUUUGCCUCCUAUAUUCCCAAUAUAUAUUGUCAUGUGGUAUUUAAUACUGAAUUUUUUGGAAUCCAACAAGCAUUUGUAAAGGCUAUCAAAAAAGAAUUACCAGAGCAUCACUCAAAAAUAUAUGCCUCUACUAUUUAUUACUGUCCAUUGAAAGAUGGCAUAUCAAAUUUAUUUUCUAAAAAUUCAAAUCUCAUUUCCAAAAUCCUACAAAAUCAAUCCUCAAAUACUUUAAAGUACAAAUCUUAUGAUAAUGGUUGGUUACUUAGCUCUUUCCCUCUUGGUGUCACUUUAAUUGAAGGCUUAAGCCAUGGUUUUGCAGCCAACCAACUUUACCCUUUCGAGUUUGAGAAUAUUGUGGUAGGAAACGUUGAUCUGAAAUUCGUACGAAUAACGGUUCCCAAUUCCGAAUACCUAAUCGAAAAUAAAACCGGAAGCCAAUUCAAUGAGAAUAUAUUCUCGUCAAACUCGUCUGCUUUUCCCGAUAAUCAUUUUAACUACUCUCCGCUGCAUUUGAUGUCGUUAUCCGCUACGAAAUCCGGCGGCGAACUUCCGUCACUUAAUUCACCUCUACGUAUCAACGUGUGCGUGCCACCAUUAUUCGACUAUUUCGACGACGCUAAGUUUAUCAUAAAUUUUUUGCAAAUGAUGGAAUGGAACAAGCUGAACGGGGUUCAGCAAACGUUUUUAUACAGGAUUCCUUCGUACGCUAACAACAGUUACUACUCUGAAAUUAACCCGGCCCAUGCUCUCUUUAGCCAUUACCAAGAUCGAGCCCAGAUCAAUCUUCGUUCUUGGAUCCUACCUACCCACUUACGAUCUCCAGAGGCUGUCCAUUACAAUGCGCAAGUCGCGAACGUUAAUGAUUGUCUCUUCCGCAAUGGCAAUGACUUAACGGAUGCCAUCCUUUUCCAAGAUUUCGACGAGCUACUCUUUUAUGGCGGAGAUUUACCGCCAAAAAAUAGUUCCUUCUUUUUCCGAUUUAAAAGAGAUACCGCUUUGAUUGAAGGGUCCGAUUGGCCCCGGUCUCAUUUAGCGGUCGAAACCGACGAACUUUAUUACCAUUAUAAUGAUGAUAAAGAGACGACAAAUGAAGGUAUAUCAAAUAUAGCCGAAUCACUGACUUCUUCUGACCAUGAUAAUCGUUUAAAAUUGACGCGCGCCCAUUUUAGGUCAAAAGCUUCGAUAAAUUCCGAAGAACGGGUAAGCAAGAUGAAUAGACAGGAUCGACUAUAUCCGCACCUGGCUAUUCGGGCUGGUUUUGUUUCAUUCGCUCAAGGCUUGACUCAUUUAUUGAGGCACAAUGGGAAUCGAGAACUCUGUGGCAUCAUAUUUCGCAGUUUGUAUAUGGGGAAAGCGGUCAAUAAAUCGAAUAUUCGAGAAGAAGGAGCUUCAAAACAGCAAUGCGAUUGCGGAUCCAAGAAAGGCCUUUACACUGACAAUAAUAAAAAUCUAUCGAGUUUGUCAGCAUUUGGACCACUUGGAGAUCUUAGUAACAUCGAUGAAGAUGUUUUCAAACCUAGGGACCCAAAUGAUAAUAAGCUCCUAAACUCUUGUUCAGGAAACCCUUUCAAUUUCGAAAUCCCGUUAAUCUCCCACAAACUCGCCCUUUCCGAUUUUUACCCGUCGUCUAUUCGUUCUAAAUUCCUUAUUUUCCCGCUGGCCUCUAUAGAAACGGUUGGUAUCCACGCCCCUCACCAAACUAGAAUCUCUAAUGGCAGGACGAUAUCCAAUCACGACAUAUUAACACCGGACCCUUAUUCGUUUCACCUCAGACAUUUUUCCGUCCCAUCGGUUUCCGCCGAUUUAUCGGCUCCAACCCACCCUUACAUGAUCUACGAUUUCGAUAUAAACAACGCCAUCAAAGAGGGUACGCUUUGCGGUUGUCGAUGUCCUUCCUCUAAUCAGACCACCGAAGCAGGUAGUUCUAAUCGAGAUGAUGGCGAAUCCGAGAAUUAUCUUAAGAGUAACAUGUCGCUCAUCAUCGGUAUCAGGCAAUGCGCAUUGGCAAGGGAAUAUAUUCUUAAACGUAAUAUGCUAGCCACCUUGAACGACGCGUUUUAUCGAUUGAAGACUUCCGAAAACUCUUCUCGCAAAAUUUUACAGGAUUUAUGCUAAUAAGGAGAAGGAAAAAGAAGCGAUAAAACGGAAACGCUAUUUCAAAUCAUUAACCACCCAAUCCUUAUUUAUAUACUAAAUUUUUGGAAGGGGGGGGGUGACUAAUUUCUGCUCAACUUAUCAAUUAAUCUUUGUGCUGAGUUUAGAUAAUGCUCAUAGACAUUCCUAGCUAACUGUUUUUAUUAUUAUUUUAAACAUUAAAAAAAAACAUUAUGGAUGACCCUGUGUUUUUAUGCCCCGUAUCUUAUUAAAACUUCUAGUCAUUAUUUAUCUAAUUCCUUAUAUAUUAAAAUUUCAUUAUCCUCCUCAGGUAGUAUUUUAUAUUUGUAUUAUCAUUUUUAUACAUCAUCUCUCUAAUUAAAGGUUCCAAUAAGUCAGUAUUGACCAGAACGCCAUGUUUCCCUUGGCUAAAAUUAAUUACAAGUCCAUCGACCCAUUUUUUAUAAAAUUUGUAUUUGACCCGACUGCCCAAUGUUUUCAUAUUAUUUGAUUGAUUGAUUUAUGUCUAUUUAUAUUAUUUUUUUUACCGAAAUUUAUAAAAUAUGCAAUAUUAUCAAAUAAAUACUUUAUUAAUAAAUUUAAACCCGUUUUGUUCCAUUCAACCGAAUAAUAUUUCA